CACUCUCACAUGUGUUUGUGUGGGACUGACUAUGCUGCAGCUGGUAGCAGCUGGUAGCACUGGUCAUGGUCUGUAUUUACGCUGUGGUAGCUGCUGAGGAAGCUGAGAACACCAACCACAAACCACCACUCCACUGCAGCAGCCUUGCGCUGCCACGGCACCACAUCUCCUGCUUCCCCCGCAAUAACAAGAGAGUGGCCAGGCUCUGUGGAGAGGACUCGCUCUGCCCUUUUAAAGAUGCUCUGCUGGAUGUGUUGGCCUGCUGGGGCUAUGAGAAGAACUGUGCCCCAGAGAACUGCUUUGGCUAUCCUGUCUGCACCAGGGUUGACCCCGGAUGAGCUCUUUGUCCUCCCUAUGGCCAGCUCAUUGGAGGCAGCCCAGGAGCUGUUCUGGAAACAGGCAUACUUUGGUUACGUCAGGGAGCGCCUCAGUGAGAUGACGACUCUCUGCAAAGCCACCAAUCCUGGAGACUCGUCUCUGAAAUGCACCCACCACACUCGCUUCUGCAGGGCAACCAAUCUGUACUUGGACCUGCGGAACCCUCGUAGGGGUCAUGAGAGGUAUAAGGAGGGCUUUCUCCAGGAGGGGGAGAUUGGGGGGCUUUGCAGUCUGAACCGCCGAGCGCUGGCUGCAGAAGGAGAGCACAUUCCUGGUGAGUCCUGUUUUUAUAGAUAUGGGGAUCUGUUCAGUGAGACCUGGAAGGCUUUCUCUGACUAUGACAUCAUCCAUCUGAAAACUUUUGACACUAAAAGGGUGUGCUUCAAAGACGUGGUGUUUACCCUGCUGCCCAGGAUGAGAUAUGGGCUGUUCUAUAACACACCUAUGAUAUCUGACUGUCACAGUGAAGUGAUGUUCAGGGCCUUCUCCCAGUAUGUUCUAUAUCGACUCAACAUUCCACAGGAUGGACCCAAGGAGGGGAGGAUUGGUGUCAUGUUGUUAGCACGCAGCACAGACUAUCGCAAGACAUUAAACCAGCAGGAGCUCACAAACGCCCUGAAGACCGGGCCUUUACUCGAGGUCAAAGUGGUGGAUUACAAAUACAAGGACGUCCCAUUCCUGCAACAACUCAGGAUUACCCACAACUCUGACAUCUUCAUCGGGAUUCAGGGGGCGGGACGUACUCUCCUGCUCUUCCUCCCUGAUUGGGCUGUCAUCUUUGAGCUAUAUAACUGUCAGGAUGAGAGCUGCUAUCGAGAUCUGGCUCGGCUGCGGGGGAUCCGAUAUGCGACUUGGCAAAAAAGGGACAAAGUGCUCCCAGAGGAUAAGGGUCACCGUCCCACCCUGGGGGAGCAUCCUAAAUUCACCAACUACUCCUUUGAUGUGGAGGAGUUCGUGCGUCUGGUGCUGAAAGCAGCAGACUUCGUCCUGAACCACCCCGAGUGGAAAGCCCGGCUCAGCCGUGAUGAACUGUAGGCCCCCAGCAGCAGACUUUGUCCUGAACCACCCCGAGUGGAAGCCCCGGCUCAGCCGUGAUGAACUGUAGGCCUCCAGCAGCAGACUUCGUCCUGAACCACCCCGAGUGGAAGCCCCGGCUCAGCCGUGAUGAACUGUAGGCCUCCAGCAGCAGACUUCGUCCUGAACCACCCCGAUUGGAAGCCCCGGC